AUGGGACUUAUUCUGCUCAUUCUCUGCUCUAUAUGUUAUUGUUUUUCAGCUUACGUUGGGCCUCUCUGUGGAGAGACUAGCCCCAUCUCCAGUGCCCGUCAGAGACAGCGUCCUGCUCCAGGGCUCGGAGACGGGCAUGGAGGGGUUGUGGAUUUAUCGUUGCUGGAGCAGGACGGCAACAAGGAUGUGCAAAACCUGCUGGAGAGCCUAAAAGAACAGUUUCUGCGUACUUUCAACCUCUCUGGCAUGGGUCCUCCUUCCUUAGCUCCUGGAAGUACACGACAGGAGCCACCUGAGUACAUGAUGGAGCUCUACAACCGCUUUGCUAAUGACCACAGUGCGAUGCCAACGGCAAAUAUCAUCCGCAGCUUGAAAAACGAAGAUUCCUCUCCCAGUGCUGUUGGUGUGGGAGGAGUGAGGCGCCACCCUCUCCUCUUCAAUGUGUCAGUCCCACAUCACGAACGCAUCACAGCUUCCGAGCUUCGCCUCUACACCCUAGUCCAGACCGACCGCCACCUCUAUGCUGGUGUCGACCGCCGGGUAACUAUCUACGAGCUGGUAUCGCAUGACGAUAACGUGACGGAUGCGAACUUGGUGGAACUGGCUUCACGCCAGGUCUACGGCACCGAUAACGGCUGGGAGGCAUUUGACCUCACUGCUGCUGUGCAGCGCUGGCAUGGAUCUGACGAUGGAACCACACACAGGUUGGAGGUGCAUAUUGCCAGCAUUGCCGAUGAUGGUAAUGUUCAAGACGUGUCAGAAGCCAACAAAGACAGCAGUCUGCCUCAAGGGGACAUGAAGAUUGACACGAGCCCAGAGGAAAAACACAAACCCCUGCUAAUUGUUUUCUCCGAUGAUCAGAGCAGCGAUCACCGCGAAGACAGGCGGGAACUGAAUGAGAUGAUCGACCACGAAACCUCUAACAUGGUCGUGCAGAAUGACUUUGGGACUUGGGGGAGUGAAGAAAGUGAGCCAGAUGAGGAAGACCUAAUCCAAAUGCGCUCAAAUCUCAUCUAUGACUCGGCUUCCCGCAUUCGCCGCAACGCCAAGGGAAACCACUGCAAGAAGCAGUCUCUGUACGUAGAGUUCAAGGACAUCGGAUGGGACAGUUGGAUCCUUGCCCCCACUGGUUAUGAUGCCUUUGAGUGCAGUGGAAUUUGUUCCUACCCACUGACAAAGCACGUCACACCCACCAAGCACGCCAUCGUCCAGACACUGGUCAACAUCAACAGCCCUCAGAAGGCGGCACGAGCGUGCUGUGUGCCCACCAAGCUGGACCCCAUCUCCCUGCUGUACCUGGACGACACGGGGGUGGUCACCUACAAGUACAAGUAUGAAGGCAUGGUGGUGGCCGAGUGUGGCUGCAGAUAA